CCUGAUACCCAAACAGCUUCCCCGCCCCUCCAGUCCCCAGGUCGCCGAGCGCUUCCAGGGAGCUACCCAGCCUCAGUUUCCCCGGACCCGGGCGGUGCGAGGGGCAAUGACGUCAUGCCGGCGCGCGGCAUUGUGGGGCAGGGCGAGGCGGGGCACCGCGGGAGCAAUACUGAGACGCCAUUUUCGGCGGCGGGAGCGGCGCAGGCGGUCGAGCGGGACGGGCUGGGUCGGCGGGGCUGCAGCUGCGAGGAGGAGCGGCGGGGCUGCGCUUGGCGACCGAAGGGACAGCGCGCGGGCGGCCGAGGAUGCUGCGGGGCGGCUGCGCCGGCGCCCCUCGCCAGUGAGCGCUGUUCCGCGCCUCAGGCGGCCGAGGCGGGCUCGGCGCGCAGUUGCUGCUCGGCGCACGCGCCCGGCGCUCCUGGUGCUGACAGCGCGAGAGAGCGCGGCCCUCAGGAGCUGGACGGGAUUGUCAACAAGCCUGUUAUGGUGAGAAAUUUGACCUGUUCUGUUUGCUAAAUAUUUGUGAGAAUACAAUGAUACUAAAUCUGAAGUGUAUUUCAACUUGUUUGGAAUUCCGUGUGGGAGGGUAGGCACUGUAAAGAGCCAGUGUCUCUCCAAGUCCUCAAAGAAUGCAACAUCAUGUUGCAGUUGAGCCUGGCAGCCCUGUGCUGGCACUGAGUGCUGUGGAGGACCCAAGUGGUGACCUCUAACCUUACUGCAGCCUUGGCACACCUCACCUUACCUAGCAUUGUCUUAGAAAAGCAUCCAGACAUGCACAGGAGUCUGGAUAGUGUUUAUCUCCAGCAAGGGGAGGGAAUGACACUGGGGAGAGGCACACAGUAUCUUAAAUAUUUCAUAACAAAUAACUACGGUCAUUUAUACGUUUUUAAAAUUUAUACUUUUUU